UUUAUGGUUGUUUUAUAGUGUAGGGUUUAUGCUUGUUUAUGCUGUAUGCUUUCAGGCGAUGCAUAACAAGAAAACUACUAGAGUGCUCCCAGCAGUCCAGCAUUUUAGAUUCAUUUAUUAUUCAGCAUAAUGCUCUAAAGGAGUCCAAUUCCUUUCAUUCUUUGCCUUCUAAAUUGAAUUUGCUCAGUUACCUCUCUUCAUAUCUUGGGGAUAAAGGUUUUGCUUGUGACCAGUGUGAGAAAAGAUUUCGUCAGAAACGGGAUUUAGUUCGGCAUAUGCGCAUUCAUACUGGUGAAAAGCCAUAUACCUGUGGCCAGUGCGAUAAAGGCUUUAGCCGCAAAGAUAAAUUGCUUAUUCAUGUGCGAAGUCAUAUGGGUUUAAAAUUAUUCUCAUGCACAGUUUGUGGAAAAACUUUUCAAAACAAAGAUAGUUGGAUCAUGCACAUUGAAACACAUGCUAAAGAGUAAUUAUUUUUGAUGAUGAAGACAAAACAUGAAGAAACAAAUCUAGGAAUUAUUGUGAUUUUUUAUAUGUUUUAGGAAUUUUCAAUAAUAAAAUGUGUGACAUUGCAGUUUUUGACCUAAAUGGAAUCAGCAAUUUUAUUUUGAAACAUUCUGUUUGUUUAAAGUUAUGUCAAUGUCCUGUAUUUAAUCUUCAAAUGUUUUUCCCUCAACCAUCAAAACGUUAUACAGUAAACUUCCAGUUAUUCCAAGUGGAUUAUUGGUAAGCAACCAUAGGUGACUUCUGUACCUUAUUAAGAAAAGACUGCAAAACAUUUUGCAUGUUGCAAAGACCACAACGGGAUGCUACGCUAUUUAGAGAAGUUUUUUUGAGCAGUACAUUGCAGUUUAAUUUACUUUAUAUAUUAGCCUAGCUUAGAUACAUCAAGUGUGCUUUUUCUUUCUUGCUUUGAGGUUUAUUAUUGCAUUAAGUACGAAUGAUUUUAUCAUACUGUACAUAUUAUCACUGAUUUUUUAUGUUUUACGUACUAUUACAAUCAAUUUUUAAGCAUGAACACUUUUAUCUUCCCUCUGACUUUCAGCGUUUUUGAGAUUUGUACACAAUUGUCACUCUCUGUAGUACCCAUGCAACCAGAUUCCACAAAUGAAUAAUUGGGAGCUUAUUGUAUUCCCUUUGUUUGGAAUUGUGCUCAAUUUUGUGUAUUUAAGUUUUAAUCUUUUUCCCCUGUUGUCAAAAUAUCAUUUGUUUCCAAGGUAGUCUUUAAAAAAUGAGUCUUCUUUUUUGUCAUUUAGAUUUGUCUAUUAGCUUUUUUUCAUGAAUAUUUCUAUUUUGAUGUUAGUCUGCUGAAAUCAAUAUGUUCUUACGUACGAAAUUUUAU